AAAUCUCUGGUCCUGUUUGUGUGCCUUCAAAACCUUUCUCUGUUAAAUGCUUUAGAAAUGUUGUUUCCUAUUAUAGGCGGAUUGAUAAAGAAACUACAAGUGGAUGGAGAAGAGGGGUUUAAUAUUAUUAUGGUUUCUUUUGGUGCUGUGUGUUUUGUGAGGGGAUGGGAGCUUGUGUGAGAGGGUUGGUUUGCUUGUUUUUUGCCAUUGAGGCGGUCCCGCUCAGACCCACUGAUUCGUUUUAAACUCUGACCCUGUGAUUUUUUCCAUUUCGCAGGAGGCCAUCAUAGCUGGACUGCACUCUGAAACCACCUACUCUGUCACUGUAGCAGCGUACACCACCAAGGGAGAUGGAGCUCGUAGCAAAGCUAAAGUCAUCACCACGACUGGAGCAGUUCCAGGACAAGCCCAACAUGAUGAUCAGCACCACCAGUGGCACCACCAGUGGCAACACAGCGCUGAUCCAGUGGCAGCCUCCUAAGGAAAUGGUGGGUGAGCUGAUGGGCUUCCAGCUGCAGUACAAGCGCACCGACGAGGAAACCUACACCUCCCGCGAGCUGAAAAAGACCGAGGAACAUUACACCGUCACCGGGCUGCACAAAGGCGCCACAUACGUGUUCCGCCUCAGCGCCCGUAACCGUGCAGGCAUCGGCGAGGCCUACGUGAAGGAGAUCGGAACCGCUGAAGACGUGCCCUCAGGCUUCCCGUUCAACCUCCAGGUGACAGGACUGACCCAGUCCUCCACACAGCUGACCUGGGAGCCGCCGCUGGUGGCCGAGAGGAACGGGAAGAUCGUGCACUACCUGGUUGUGUACAGGGACAUCAACAGCCAGCAGAACAGCACCAACCGCACCUCAGACACGCACAUGACAAUCCAUGGCCUAAAUCCUGACACCACCUACGAUAUCCGAGUGCAGGCCUUCACCAGUAAGGGCGGGGGACCGCUCAGCCCCAGCAUCCAGAGCAGGACCAUGUCCAUUGAUCUUCCCACCUUAAACUUUGGUGUCAAAGCUGUCAUGAAAACAUCUGUCCUCCUAACCUGGGAUUUGCCAGCAAACUACAAAUCCCAAGUGCCUUUUCAAG